AUGGCGGAUUCGUUUUUCUCUGAUCCUUCGAAAAAAAGGAAGCGGCCAGCCAGACAGACCUCUGUGGCCAAGAGACAGAAUACCAAGGCGUCUCGGAAGUUGCAGAAGCCUGCUGAGGAGAGCUCGAGCGACAUUGACGAGGAGGAAGUGCAAAGUGAUAUUUUUGAAGACUCUUCUGCCAAUGAGUCUGAGCAAGACGAGGAGAGUUCCAGCGAAGAGGAGGACGCCGGCGAGAGCGCUGCCGAUAAAAGACGGCGAAUGGCCAAACAGUACUUGAGCGAGCUGCAGGCUGAAGCUGAGACGUAUGAGUUCGAUGCCAAGGACUUGGACGAUGACAUUAUUGCCUCCAGAUUACAAAAAGACGUUUCCGAACAACAGGGACACGUUUACCAAUACAUCGGUGACAAAUUAGAGCUAGACGAUGUGGAGAUCGCCGUUAGUCGGGUCGCCAGCAAGGGGCUGACCGGAGUAGCUGUGCGGUACCCAUAUGCAUACACCGUCUCCAAAGACAUGGAAUUGGUGAAAUGGGACAUUAGUGACAAGACAAAGAAACCACAGAAAAUGAAGUUUGCCAAAGGAGGGCGCAAAUACACAGAGAUUUCCAAGGAACAGAUGAACAAUGGCCAUUGCGGCGAGAUUCUGGCCGUCGCCGUUAGUCCUGAUGGUAGAUAUGUUGUGACGGGAGCACGAGACAAGCGUAUAAUAAUAUGGAGCAGCGAGAACCUUGCUCCUGUGAGAGUGAUGGAGAUCAGAGAUCGUCGAGGCGAAGUUCUGGGUCUUGCUUUCCGUCGAAAUAGCGACCAAUUGUACGCAGCCUGUGCCGAUCUGAAAAUUAGAACGUACAGCGUGAAUCAGCUGGCACAAUUGGAAACCCUGUAUGGACAUCAGGAUUUGGUUGUGGAUAUUGCUGCUUUGGCCCAGGAAAGAUGUGUCACUGUUGGAUCCAGAGACAGAACUGCAAUGUUGUGGAAAAUAGCAGAAGAAACAAGACUCACAUUCCGUGGAGGAGACACUCCUAAAGCAGGCAUUGAUUUCUACGCAGAGGGCAGCAUCGACUGUGUCUCUAUGAUUGAUGACUCCCAUUUUGUUACCGGCUCGGACAACGGUAACAUUUGUUUAUGGUCUUUGGCCAAGAAGAAGCCUACAUUCAUCCAAAGACAAGCACACGGGUUAGAGCCUGAGAAGGAAGUUUGGCGGGCGAGCGCGGAAACGAAUCCAGAUGAAGCCAAACUGCAAGUUCCAAAGCCGCAACCAUAUUGGAUCACAGCCAUCUGUGCUAUUCCGUACAGCGAUUUGAUACUGUCGGGAUCGUGGAAUGGCGAGAUCAAGGUCUGGAAGCUCGAGAAAGAACUACGCAAGUUCAACUUGAUAGGUACUCUUGAUAGAGUCAAGGGAGUCGUGACCAAGAUCGACGCCCAUCUUGAGAACGAUAGCAUUCGUGUUUUCGCUUCUUUAUCUAAGGAGCACCGUUUGGGACGUUGGGUCGACGCUCCUGGCGCCUUGGAGGAGAAAGAGGACGAAGCAGGCACCACGGAAGAAGCCUUCGAGGAAGAUGGAGCAGCAGAGCUCACGAUCGAGGUUCUAAGAGUGGAGGAUGCGACAGAAGGUCUAGCACUAGAUUGUGCGGAUGUGGUUGUGACUUCUGCGCUGGAGCUGCUGACCGAGGCAGCGGAGGCAAUAGCCAAGAGUCCCUUGGCCUUCUCUAAGGAGGCAGAGGACUCGGAAGCGACAGAAGCGGCAGAAGCUUCAGAAGCUUCAGAAGCGUCGGAAGCAGAGGCAACGGAGGCCUCAGAGACAGAGGCGGCCGAGGCAGCUGAGACGGAAGAGACGCUGGCGACGCUGGCCGCGGAGGCAGCCGACUCAGCAGAAGCAGAGGAAGCAGCAGAAGCGGCGGACUCAGCAGAAGCAGCAGAGACAGCCGAAGCAGCAGACGCGGCCGAAGCAGAAGAGACAGAUGCCGCAGAGGCGGAAGACUCAGAAGCAACGGAAGCAGAAGAAGCAGAGGCAGCGGAGGCGGCCGAGGCAGAGGAAACUGACAAUGCAGAGCUCUCUGAUGGGGAUAACAAGGUCUCGGUAACUGUAAAAGUGAUCAAAGAAGUUGUGGUCUCAUCAGCCUUGACAGAAGCUGUCAACAGAAGGAGUGGAACAAAGGAUUUGAAUAGCAUUAUAGUGUCUCUAAAAUUGGGUAACAAGCGGAAGUUCUGUGGUAUAUCAGGAACGAGUUGA